UCGGGUUUGGUCCUGUGGACUCGUUCAUCCUCUUGCCUUCUCUAAAUUUCAAAAUAUAAUAAGUGCUUAAUAUUGGACGGGGCUCACGCCUAUGCUCCCUACAAAAUGAUGAACCUCUGAUUCCAAAUUGUUGCCACGAUACUCUCAUUUCCCAGACACAUGCAACUCCCCCCCCCUUUAAAACUUUCCAAGAUCAGCAACCUUGAUAGAAUCCGAGCGGCGAGCCAUGGCCUCAGUGCUUCGAGAGACCUCGGGAGCUGCAACGACGAGGAGGCUUAACCCUUUGAAUGUGAGAAUGGAAUCUGGGAGAGGGAUAUCGAUCAGCGAGCGGGGCAAGAGCUGGACGAUUUGUUUGCAUGCGUUCGCGGAUAUGUCGCAUGUGCCUCCAGCUGUAUUUGUGUAUCUCUUGAAGGAAUGUUACCUUUCUGGCACACGUACAGCAACUCAAAAGUUCAAAGUCCUUCAGCAGCAUGUUUUUCAAGCACUCCAUAAUGCGCCCCAACCAGGCCCAGCUACGUUUAUUGUUCAAUGUCUUUAUGUAGUGCCUCUAUUAGGUCUUCCAUAUGGUGAAGGAUUCAGUCAUCUACUGACGUCCUCUAUGCGCCGAUUAAUUUCAAGAGCUCCUGAAUCUGGUCGAAAUGAUUUUCCGGGAGCAAAGCGCCUUGCGACACAUUUAUUUCUCGAUAUUCUUGCUGGUGCGGUUGUCCAUGCAGAGCGUAUUCUAAUAAAGAUAUUAGAAAAUUUUGAAAUUGAGUUGAAAGAUGUUGGAGAGGCAAUAUGUGGUGUGGACUUGAGAACCGAUGUCUUGGAUAUAGCGAAGGCACGCAUUGAGCAUUAUAUACUAGCCUUUAUGGAAUCAGAAUCUUAUGUGACUGCUGUAACGCUAUCAGAGCACUUCUCCAUCUGCCCAUCUGGUGAUUUUUUUCUAUUGAAAAUGAUGGAAAACAAUCAAUUCAAACCAGCAGAAAAGUGGGCCACAUUAAUGGGGAAGCCGAUGGUAUGUUUAGUGAUCCAAAAAUAUCUGGACAUGAAAAUGCUGAAGAGUGCCUAUGAAAUGAUAAAGACAAACAAUCUUAAGCAGGAAUUUCCAGAUGUGCAUCAUCUCUACAAAGAAAGUUUACUAAAGAAAUUAGCUGAGAAAGGAUGUUGGGACAUUGCAGAACUUAGAGCUCAGAAGGACAGACAACUUUUGAAAUACCUGGUUUAUUUGGCUCUGGAAGCUGGCUACACUGAGAAGGUCAAAGAAAUAUGUGACCGUUACACCCUUGAAGGUUUUGAUGAAAUUUCUGUGUCGGAUGAAUCCUCUCGCACCUCUCAAUUCUUGGAUCUUAGUAGUUUGAUUUUGGAUGAUAUUAUAUGGGUGGAUGAUAUCAAUGGGUUACUUGCUGCUACUAACUAUAUUGAGGGAUGUAAAGUUAUUGGUCUUGAUUGUGAGUGGAAGCCUAACAUUGAAAAGGGAUGUCAGCCAAAUAAGGUAUCCAUUAUGCAGGUUGCAUCUGAGAACCGAGCUUUCAUUUUUGACUUGAUAAAGUUGUAUCAAGACGAACCAAAAGCAUUAAAUAACUGUUUCAGCCGAAUCUUAUGCUCACCCAACAUUCUGAAGCUUGGUUACAACUUGCAAUGUGAUCUUCAUCAGUUAUCUCAUUCUUAUGGAGAGCUUGAGUGUUUUAGGUACUAUGAAAUGCUGCUUGACAUUCAAAAACUUUUCAAUGAGCGUAGCGGUGGUCUCUCUGGUUUAGCUCAGAAAAUAUUGGGUGCUGGUUUGAACAAGACAAGAAGGAAUAGUAAUUGGGAGCAACGACCCCUAAGUCAGAAUCAGAUGGAAUAUGCUGCUCUUGAUGCUGCUGUCCUCGUACACAUAUUCCGUCAUGUACGCAGCCCGCCUAAUUCUCCAGCUAGAGUUGAGCAGAGCAAAGGAGAAUGGAAAUCUCACAUUGUUUCCCAUAUGGGCAACGCUAGACAAAGGAGGUUAGCCUGAGGAUACUGGAGAGGAUGAUAACUAUCCCUAACAAUUUGUUUCGGUUGAUGUUUAUCUGCACUUUCUAUUGCUAAAUUGCCAUAUUUGUUGUCAUCAGCACACAUCAUGCUGAGAUUUGUGUUCCUUUAGCAAACCUGUACAUAAUUUCGCGAAGGAAAAUGUACAUAGACAAAUUUUAAUAUGAAACUUGAUGAUGCAAGGUGGAUAUUUUGUUUGGGUU